CUGACAACGUGCUGAAGUGAAAAUGGAACAUCUCAUCUCUCCUUUCUCUAAAUAAUACUAUCUGUUAAUGUCGUUCAUCAUUCAUUCCGGAUCUAAUCAAAUCAUCCACAAUCUCAAAAGCUUGUUACUUUGAGCUUUGAUUCUAUUACUAGUUCGUGUUAAUUGAUGUAAUUGAAUUUCACCAUGUUCGAAAGUCAUCAUCUUCGAAAACCCACCGGAAAAUCUGCUUUUUCCGGCCUCGGGGCUGGUGAACCGGGUAAUAGCGUUCAAGAAAGUUAUGUUUUUCCCAUGGUGUUGGGUGAUAUGAAAGGUACUACUAAUUCACUUACCCACACAGCAGCAGCUAUGAUGCCUUCUUCCAUUUUUAUAUGGAGAUUUCAGGUCACAUUGUUCUUAGUCUGGGGUUUCAGUUGUUGCAAGAUUGGAUGGGAUUCAGUUAUGAGAAUGAACUCGGACCUGCGAGACUUGUUCUUGUAUGAGGCAUUCUUAUAUUAUAAUCCUCUCCUUCUUGUGACAAUGAUGGUUUGGUUAUGGGGAGUGUGUUUAUGGGUCUUCUCACAAAGUACUAUUAGUUAUGUAAAAAUAUUCGAUAUCGAUCAAAACCAUCUUACUCACAGAGAAAUUUGGAAGUGUAGCACAUGGUUGACAAUUAUAGUACCGACUAGUAUGACGGCAUACCUUUAUCUUUACUCCCAUGGAGAAGUAUCAUUAGCUGCAUCACAACCAGUGAUCCUGUAUAUUGCUUUUGCUUUAGUUUUGGUAUUCCCUUUCGAUAUUUUUUAUUUGUCUUCUCGUUACUUCUUCUUGAAAACGCUAUGGCGGAUAGCAUUUCCACUGCAGCCAAUUUCAUUUCCCGACUUCUUCUUGGCUGAUAUUCUAACUUCCAUGGCCAAGGUAUUUUCAGAUUUGGAGCGUUCAGCCUGUAGGAUGCUUCAUAACCAGGUUGCGACAAUUGCAUGGUUUGAAGCAGACUCAAUUUGCGGUAGUCACUCAGUUGCUAUUCCAUUAGUGCUUGUUAUACCUUAUAUUUGGCGGCUAAUGCAAUGUCUGCGGCAGUAUAAAGACACAAAAGAAAAGACAACCCUUUUCAACGCUUUAAAAUAUUCGACAGCAGUCCCCGUGAUUUUUCUUUCGGCCCUUAAAUAUCAUGUCUUACCUGAUAGGUGGACAUAUGUUUAUCAUCCCCUCUGGCUUAUCUCAAGUUUUGUUAACUCGCUCUACUCGUUUUACUGGGACGUAACUCGUGAUUGGGACCUUAGUGUCUUCACUAGGAUUUUCAAGUUCAACAAGCCAAGUUGGUGGUCCGAUCUGUUAUACGGGCAAAAUUGGGUUUAUUAUUGGGUUAUCGGAAGCAACUUGAUUUUACGAUGUACGUGGACGUACAAACUAUCCGCUCAUCUCCGCCACAACUACUUAACCGUGUUCACCAUUACCACCUUAGAGAUGCUCAGAAGGUUCCAAUGGAUAUUCUUUCGAGUUGAAAACGAGUGGAAUAAAAUUUCCAAGUCCAGCAUUCAACUUCCCAUGACCGACAUGCCGAACGAGGAUGAAAAGUUAGUAGACUUGUCGGAUCACACUGUAUAGAUUAGAACAAGUCUCCGACUGUAAGUAGAGCAUCAAAAUUGAAUUCAUUCUUUAAUAUAUUACAUAUUGUUUCAGCCCAAAAGCAGUUGUUGCAUUUUGGUUUCCCCUUUUGAUGAGAUUUUCGUAUCUUGCAGUUCGGUAUUUUGAUUUGUAAACGCGGCUUAGAUGUUGUAUAAUGUCACAAUAACAUAACAUUCAUAUUGGAGAUUUACAAGUUGCUUCAAUUUCA